AUGUCCCGUAUCAACUCCUAUGCGAACGUUCUCCGAGAGUUCGUCUACGAUCCGGAGGUUCAGCUGAUCAACCAGUCCCCCGGCGAGAUCCCAUGUUUUUACUGCGUCUGCAACAUCCACCGCGAUCUCUCUCUCCGAUGCUGCGCCGGCCCCUCGCCGGAGUGUUGUGUUUUCUGUGCUGACGACCGAAAGAAGUGCGGCUCUUACUUCGGCGCAGUCCAGGCUUACUACCUGGCGAUCGAGCGCCUCCAGGAUCGUUUCGCCGAUGAGGAACUUGAUCCUACUCAGCACUCUGGCUGCUACAAUUCAGUCCCAAGACAUUGCGUCCCUUCGGGACCUUCAGGCACUCCAGUGCCUUAUUUCCGUGGUGUCGAACUUACUCCUGAGGAAGUGUCCGCUCGGGUUGCCUCUGCGAUGCCCCUCUACGCCCGCAAUGUCUCUGCCGCAACCCGCCUUCGUUCGGCGAUCCUUCGCCUAGAUACCUGCGAGGAUGUCCCUGUUGAGGGCGAGGGGACCUGCGAUGAACUCCCGUCUGCAUUCGAAGCCAAGCCGGCUCUUCGUGCUCUGCUCGACGAGCAUUCGGAUAACCCCGUUCCUGACGUUCCAGUCGCUUUUGCUGGCGUUGCUCCUGUCAGUCGUCCCGGCCAGUCUACUCCUGCCCGUCGCCGAGGCGCCGCCGAGCCUCCCCGCACCCCUGAGUAA